AUAGCAAUUCCUGCCCUUCACUCCUCCUUUGACUCCCCUUUCAUCCGCGCCUACGCCCCGAUUCUCCGCCAAAAGAACAAUCUGCCUCGCGAGUCCUUUCUCACUUUUCUAGACAACCUCAACAAAGUCAUCGCCAACAGCCCUCCCCUCGAAGUCCUUGAUGUGACUGGUGGAAUACUCAAAUCCGUACCUCUUCUCUUCCCCAUACAUUGGCUGGGGUCAGCAGUUAGCGGGCUUGCCAAACUGGGGAGCCUGGGUGUAUCCAAAAGUCGCACCGAUUCGUUGAUCAAGCAAGCGAAUAGAGAUAUCUUCGGACCGAGGGGACUGAAAAUUGAGAUAGCGAAAUUAGACGCAUUAGCACAUAUCGCGAGCAUUCCGAUUUUAGAUUCCCAAGGAAAAAUUAAUAGAAAUGCGCCGGUGAUGCAGAGACUUCUUAAGACGGGUAUCGAUGGACCACCAUCGCCAACACCACAAUCAGAAGAGAGGGAUGGGGACAUUGCAGAUGCUGUGCAGCAACGGAUUAAGAUUCUGCAGCCGUGGAUUGCAGAGCUUGAAUUUAACAUUCUUCCAUGGACGGCCAAAUCUAAAUUAACGCGUUUCAAUGCAGCGCUCAAAAAGCGUAAU